AUGGUAUCCGCACACAGCAAACGUAACACCUCGCGACCGGUAUUCACGUCUCACGAACGCGCCCUCGCAAAAUCCCAUUGGUCAUCGUCAUCCGCCCGUCUGCACCGCGACUCAUUCCUCCCAUUCGGUUCUUGUGGCCUAUGUCUCAACAUCGCCCGUGAUCCUGUCUCAUGUCGUCGAGGCGAUAUCUUCUGUCGCGAAUGCGCACUUUCAAAUAUUCUCACUCAAAAGAAAGAUAUCAAGCGCGUCCAAAAGGCCCGCGCUGCUACAGAGGACGAAGCCGCCAAGCUGAAGGCGCAUGAAGAUGAACAGGAGCAAGCACGUGCGAUUCAGGACUUUGAGUUGACACAGGCUGGCCUGGACCGGAAGAAGACGAAGGGCAAUGCAACUGAGAUGAAUGACGAGAAGCCGAAUACAAGAGUCGACGAGCCAAACGCCCUCGCUUUAGUGCCAGCAACGAAACGCAAGUUUAAGCUUGAUCAAGACGAAUUGGAUCGCAUUGCGCAGGAGGACAAAAUCAAAGCAAGAAAAUCACUGAACGAAGAGAAGGCAGCGAAACCGCAUCUUCCAUCAUUCUGGACCCCGUCACUGACACCGGAUGCCCAAUCAAGCAACCUCCCACCAGUAACAAAGAAGGACAAAACAGUUCCAACGUGCCCAGCUUCUUCGGCUGGGAACCCGCACCCAAUCACAAUGCAAAAUCUCAUUACAAUCAAAUUCACCGAAGAGGAAACGCCCAAGGGCAAGCAAAGAGCCUGCCCUUCAUGCUUAAAGAUGCUUACCAACGCCUCCAACCCCAUGCUGGCCAAACAAUGCGGCCACGUCCUGUGCCACAGCUGCGUCAAACAGUUCAUGGUCCCGCCUUCCAAGAAGGCAUCUUCUGAGGACAACCCGCCCCUGACCUGCUACGUCUGCGACGUACCUCUGACCUCAAAGUCACAAAAACAGGAUACUGCUUCGGGCUCUUCGAUACCGGGUUUUGUUGCUCUCCAGUCCGAGGGCACUGGCUUUUCAGCCCACGGAGGCAAUACUGUAGAACGAUCAAGUGUCGCUUUUCAAUGCUGA